AUGCCCAAAGUAAAAGCAUCCAAAAGCAGAGUCCACCACAAGGCCGUCGGAGGCAAGGCCGCCUAUGUCCAUCCCGUCAUCGAGGCACCAAAGCAAACACCCUCAGCAGAGUCGAUGCAGUCCAUGAAGGAGCAGUUUGGACUAGAGUUUGAGGACGACAGGGUUGACAAGAAGGAUAAGCGUAAACUGAGGCACGACAAGUGGAUGUCGAAACUGGAGGCGACAUACAACCCCCAAAAGAAAAAGAAGAAGGCAGGACAGAACCAGACGCUCUCGGUCGACUUUGGAUCCUUCCACGACGUCCUCUCAACAAUAGACCCCACCAUGGCUACUCAGGUCUCGCCAGCAGCAGUCAUCAAGGGAUCCAAAUCAAAAGCGGCAGGAGGAAAUCAGGCAGCAGCAGCGCCAGUAGUAGCAACACCCGUUCUGGAUCACCAACAGUUUACUAUCCACUCAGAGUCGUCAAAGCCCUUGCAGACCAAGAAGGCCAAGAAGAAGGCUGCCAUGCAGGAGAUUUUGCGGUUCCAGAACGUGAUGGCACACCCUUCGUUCAAGAGCAACCCCCUGUUGACGAUCCAGCAGCACGUCAAGAAUACCAUGGAGAUGGCGCCCCCAGAGCCCAACACCACCACCAGCACUGGACCCGAGAGCAUGGAGGAUUAA